GUCACCACCCGCCAACUCCCGCACCCGCCAAAUUCCAAUCAUCCACAACCACGUCCUCAGAACCGAGAACGCGUCAUAAUUCAGCGUUCGUGGAGGUUGAUUUGCCCCUUUUCAUGCUAAUCACCGGACUAGCCGGCAGAUCCCAGGUUCCAGCAUAGCAACAAGCAGCAAACUCUCUCUUCUUGCAACGUCAGACGGCAGACACGUCAGAGUUCAAACGUUCCUUGAUCUUCGCGUAUUCUGUUGCUGCUGGUUCUUGCCGCGGUUCGGGGUCAUCGUGCGGGCCCCAAGCGGUGCGAUGAGGUGACAGCUACUUUUGAAAGUACGUCAUGAAUGCACAGUCGAGCAUUGUUCUACUGUCACCUGGCUGGUGGUCAAGGUGGCCAGAAAGGUAUAUAAGAAGCACUGCCGUCGUAUAUUCCUUUCUCUCCUUCAUUAACAAACUUGUUCGCAACAAAUCUUCAACUACCACUACUACCACACCCAACCGCAAGACAAACACUUUUAUCAUAAUGUCCGACGCUGGCAGGCAAUCUUUCACCGACAAGGCUGGUGCUGCUCUUAAACCCGACUCUGAGAAGUCUUAUCUCGAACAGGCCAAGGACACCAUUGGCGGCAAGGCAGACUCUGCUGCUUCCACUGGCCAGCCCCAAUCCCAGAAGUCUUACACCCAGGAGAUCGGUGACACGUUCUCCGGUAACAAGAACGACAAUCAGGAGUCUCUUGCUGAUAAGGCCAAGAACGCCUUUGGGGCCAACCAGUGAUUGGUAAAGGGAAGAAGUAAAUAAAGAAAUGUUGUAGAAACACAUGUAUAUGUGUAGCAGUU